AUGGCGCAUACUACUGCGUCUCAUAAUCUCCUCAGUCUUUCGAGGGGCUUCAAAAGGCUCAAUAUUUCCGACCCGUUGACGCAAUGUCUUGCGCCUCGAUUAACCCGCAUCUUUGCUUCUCAAGCGGAUAUGCCUGUGGCCGACCUUGCUAAAGAACUACCCACCGGAACCGGCUUCUCAAAUACCUCUGCUUCCUCAUCAUCACCUGUCUACACCCUCGAGAGCCCCAUCAUCAAAACCAUAUAUUCUUGGCCGACCCUUGAGCCCAAGCGCUUUGGAUGGUAUCGACCCCAGCUUCUCGAUGCGCCGAUGCGCCGAGAUAUCCUCCACCGAGCCGUCGUAUACGAAGCCGACGCAUCGCGCCAAGGGACCGCCAGCACCAAAUGGCGAUUCGACGUGCACGGCAGCAACCGCAAGCUGUACCAGCAGAAAGGCACCGGCAGGGCUCGUGUACGUGACAAGAAGUCACCCAUCAGAAGAGGCGGAGGUGUCGCAUUCGGUCCGCACCCGAGAGACUUUUCUACAGAGCUGCAACGCAAGGUGUACGCGCAGGCCUUCCGGAUUGCUCUGAGCUACCGUCAUCGAAAGGGUGAACUCGUGAUUCUGAACGACGAGAUCAAACUGCCUUCGGAGGACGUUGGAGCGCGCUGGUUGAACAAUCUGUUUGAAGCGAAUCAUUGGGGCAAAGCUCACGGAAGAAGUCUCCUGGUCACUGCGACGCGCCAGGAGCAGGAGCCGAGGAUCUUCGACGAGAUGGAGCAGAUUGGCGAACAGGGCGUUCUCAAAGACACCGAAGAUGUCGACGUGAAGGAUCUGCUGGAGACCGGCCGGGUUGUGAUUGAGAAGGAAGCGCUCGUCUCGCUGCUGUUGAAACUGGGAGGUUCUCAUCCCUCGGAGCUGAGACCUGUUUAUACAGACGCCCUGUAA